AGUCAGCAGCUGUCACGUCUCUUUCAGCUGCAACACUUUCACUUUCAUUUAAAGGAAAAGAGGCUGCGUUUAAGGAAGCAUAAAGUCGAGGUGAAGGAAGAAGACUGUCAAAAUGUUCGGUGGUGACGAGCCUAUGGACACUAGUAACAGCGCGAACGAAGACCAGCCCCCUGUAGCAUCUCAGAAGUGUGAUGGCAUAAGUGAUAUCCAGCGACCUGAAACAUCUCUUGAAGACCUGAGCAGUGACUUUAUGAACCUAAAACAAGAGGAUGGAGAGUCCAGCUUGAGUUCCAGCAGGCCUAAUGAAGAUCACUCUGAAGUCACUCUCUUUGUCGAGUGUUCAAAGCUGGAGAAAGCUCUUCAGCUGGAGAAAACUCUUCAAACUUGGAGCAACAAAAACAACCAUGUAGAUUUCAGAGUUUUAAAUAUCUCAAAAGAUGGUAGAGUUUUGAUAAGGAUAACACCCGCUUCAGCUCUGAGUGAAUUUCAGAAAGUGGCAGGACAAACACUGAUAAGCAAAUACGGGACAGAAAUCAGAAUCCUGUCUGCAGGUGUGGAACAGCCAGAGCAGCAGACACAAAUACCAGAUAAUGCUUCUGUGAAUCUCCCUUCUUCAUUUGCAUCAGACCCACAAGAUGUAGUGAGCAGUGACUUAAGGAACCUAAAACAACAGGAUAGAGAGUCCAGCUUGAGUUCCAGCAGGCCUAAUGAAGAUCACGCUGAAGUCACUCUCGUUGUCGAGUGUUCAAAGCUGGAGAAAACUCUGCAGCUGGAGAAAACUCUUCAAACUUGGGGCAACAAAAACAACCAUGUAGAAUUCACAGAUUUAAAGAUCUCAAAAGAUGGAAGAGUUUCGAUAAGGAUAACACCUGCUUCAGCCCUGAGUGAAUUUCAGAAAGUGGCAGGACAAACACUGAUAAGCAAAGAUGGGACAGAAUUCAGAAUCCUGUCUGUAGAUGUGGAACAGCCAGAGCAGCACACACAAAUACCAGAUAAUGCUUCUGUGAAUCUCCCUUCUUCAUUUGCAUCAGACCCACAAGAUGAGCAAAUGGAACUGGGCAAACAAAGCAGUUUCAGCAGUUCAGCAGCGGAUUCUACAGCUGGAGAGGAGACAUACAGCUGUCCUGUCCCUGUUGGCCAUUUCUGGUACGUGAACCACAUCUACAGGGAUGAAAUUGAACGCAUACAGAAAGAGAACGGAGUUAAAAUUUUGGCAGAAGUGAAGGUAACACUUGAACCACAACAGAAACAUGGAGACCCAAAAAAAGCUCACUCUGAGUUCAUACACCUUGUCCAGAAGUCCUUAGCUGAUUCCUCUGGCUCAGUUAUUCCUCUCAAGGACAUAGAUCCAGAGGAGUGGAGAGACACGCUGAAAAUUGUUAAGAAAAAUGAGAACAAGCUUUUGCUUACUCUGUCCUCUGAAGACAUGACUGUAUGUGGGCCAAGCCCAAGUCAAGAUAUCAUCAAAAAGUUAUUAAAUGCAUCUCAGAAAACCUUAACAAAUGCCAACACUUCUGAUGGAGGGUCUACGUGGGCAUCUCAAAACACUUCCCUGACGUUUGGCAUGAGCAUCAAGGACCCUCUGUGUGAUGAAGGACUACACAUGGAGCAGAGCUGCUGGAGGCUGUUGACUACAAUCUGUACUGAGCAACUAGCUAAAAUCAAAGAAAAGUUCAGUGUGGAUUUCAAAGAAUCAGGCAUCAGUAAAGGAAAAGUGGUUGUUAAAGCUUGCUACCAAAGAUCUGGAGGAAACGUGUCAAUGGAGAGCCACGCUCUCAGAGCUCUUCUUCAUCUGUACCAGACGAUUGGAACAUCACCCUCGAGGUUCCCCCAACACCAUGGUGCCAGUGGGUUCAACAGCUCACCGAAUACCUUGAGAAGUGAUUACCGGGCCUCCGGUGGACCUGCGUCAAAUGAAGAGUCAGGAAGAGGGGCGGCAACAGUAGGAGAUGAAAAUUGCCCUAUAUGCAUGGAUACAUUUACCAAUAAGAAACAGCUUAAGUGUAAACAUGAAUUUUGUGAGGAAUGCCUGGAACAAGCAAAGGCAAGCAUGGGACCCAUCUGUCCUGUGUGCAAAGAUGUCUUUGGUUUGAUAGAGGGAGACCAGCCAUAUGGAACAAUGUCAUGGGUUACAACUCCAACAUCCCUCCCUGGAUUCCCACACUGUGGCGCUAUAAUCAUCAACUAUCAUAUUCCUGGGGGAAUACAGACGGAAAAACAUCCCAAACCUGGACAGCACUACACUGGUGCUUUCAGAAAAGCUUAUCUCCCAGAUAACAAAGAGGGAAUGGAAGUACUGAAGCUGUUGAAGAAAGCAUUUGACCAGAAGCUUAUUUUCACCAUUGGGACGUCCAGAACAACUGGGAUAGAGAACCAGGUGACCUGGAAUGACAUUCACCACAAAACCUCCAUGGUAGGAGGACCAGAAUGUUUUGGGUACCCUGACCCAGGCUACCUGAGCAGAGUGAGAGAUGAGCUGAAGGCUAAAGGCAUCAAGUGAACACUUUGAUGGGAGGUGAAUUUGGAGAGUUGUAGGCUCAAGUCUAAUUUUGCAUGCAGGAUGAAAUUCAAAAAUUCAGAUGAUUAUUUAAAUGUAGAAACUACUGGGAUGCACAUAUUAUUGAAUUGUAUGCUGUUUCUUCUCCUGUAAUUUUCAUUCAUUGAUUAGCAACAUGUGUGAUCUUCACCUGUUCAGUAUAAUUUUCUUUGAAGGAUUACUUCAGUUAUUUUUCUGACUUAAAAUCUCUCAAUUCAUAAGUGUAAGAAUGAAACUUGCAAACAAAUUUUACUCUAUGUCUAAAUGAUUUGAUUUAGUGUUUGCCUAAUAAAGGAUUUAACCAACCUACUGUA